AUGGGUGGUGGCUUAAAUCCACCCCUUCCUGCAACUGGCUUUGGUCGCCUGCGGGUUUUCGUCGGGGUCUGCGUCUACUCCCUGCUUGGCUUCAUCGCCGACAUUUUUUACGAUAUGCUCCGUGCUCUGCGUAUAGUCGCCACCACACGACCUGCCGCGGACUACAAGCCGUCAAGCGUCGAUGACUGGACAGACGAACAACUCAUUGACCUACACGUGAACGGCAGCGAGGAGCGUGCUAGCUUGCCCCCGCUGCACGUGAAUCCGAAUCCCAGAUUCGUGAACGUCUGGCCAUUCACACAUGACACCGUCUGCAAGCGGGAUGGUUAUUUCCCCCACGACGGUCCAUCGCCCGAGGGUACCGCCCUCGAUAUUGUGUUCCGCCACACCACCAUACCCGUCCCUCGCGUCCGCCGCACGCUGUACCCCACAGUGGAAGGAGGUCACCGAGAUUCGACGCUCACCAUAAUGGACCGCAUCCCAGGCCGCCCGCUCGAACAAGUAUGGCCUACGCUCUCUCUCCUGGGCAAGCUACGAGUCGCAUGCGUCCUUCGAAGCUAUAUCCGCCAGUUGCGCGCGAUCCGCCACCCUCGCGCCAUCAUCCCCGGUCCACUUGCGCCGGGCUUGACACCACUGUCCCCGUACAACCUGAUGUUCGCAGGCGGACUCGACAGAUACGUCUCACCCUGGCAGAACAUCGCGGAGUUCACGGCAUGGUUCGUCGGGCAGUACGAGCGCUCGAAGGCCUGCUUCCCCGAGGAGCAUGCGGGAACGACGACGGAACCGUUGGAUGUCACGGGUCCAUUGGUGCUCACGCAUUGCGACAUAGCCAUGCGCAACGUGAUGGUGGGUGACGACGGGCGGGUGUAUCUCAUCGACUGGGAACAUGCCGGGUUCUAUCCGCAGUGGGUGGAGUACGUGAACUGGAGGAAUUGGAUAUGUUGGAUGGUGUGGGCCCGGAAACAUAGCGCGGACACGACGGACAGGCUGUGGAAGAUGUUGAUCCCCUUCAUGACGAUGGGCCCGUAUCCUAGACAGGAGCGAUGGUUCCAGCUCGCCCGCCUUGGGAUAGAUAACUAG